UUCUUGAUUUUUCUUGAUUUUUUUGGCCGAAAAACAAUGUUUUCAGCUCGAUCAGUAGAUGGCGACAAAAAUGAUGAUGGUGAUAAUGAUGAUAACGUUCGAAUGAACGAAUCGAAGAAUCAAUCGAAAACAUCGAUGAUAUUGAUGAAAAUUGAUAAUAAAAUGGCGGAAAAAUUACGAAAUUUUGGUUUACCAUCAAACCUGUUUGCCUAUCGUGGUGGUCAUCAAAAUUCUUUUGAAAUUGAAUACGAACAAAUUCAAUCAACAUUGGAAAUUGAUACCGGAAAACAACAAAAACAACAACAACGACGACGACCUUGUUUUGUUUUGAUUCCUGAAAAUGAUUAUCAUUUAUUACGUAAAAUUAUUGGUACAUCUGAUAAUGAUGACAACCAACAACAACAAUCUGAUGAUUUCAAUUUGGAUGGUAAAUAUUGUCGCAUAGUAACAAAUUGACCACACGACGAAUAUAUAAAGAAAGUGUGCAAUGGUGAAAGAGUGUGAAAUACACAUUACAUCGCAUCAAUCCUAAUU